UCCACUGCAGCAGCGUUAUAAAACAAUUGAUGAAAACAUUUUCUUAAACUGAAAUAAAAUAUAAAAAUAAAACCUGAAAAUAUUAACCUCAAGAGUUCAUAGUUGAUUAUUUAUCUGCAGGUGCAUUUCAGAAGUAAAUUAAAGAUUAGACACAUGAUGCACUUGAAUGUUUAUUUUAAGACUGUAAAAAUGAUUUUAUCUGACGCGUGUGAUGUUGAAAUGAGACUGCAAGUAGGAAGUUACCAACGGUUGAGAGAGCACAGAGAUGAGUAUGAACAUAAUCUUUUAAUCGAGUCUUUCUCUGUGAGGUUUGAAAUGCGAUGUAUUUAGUAUUUUUCUUUAUUAGAUGUAUUUUUUAGAUGAAAAUAUGAAAAAAUGAAGCGGGAUUUUCUUUAAAACUGUGUUUGAAAGCAGAUCAUCUGUCUGCCAGUUUUUAAAUGUUGCUUUUUCGUCAAACUCGCUCACUUUUUGCAUUAUGUGGAGUUAUUUUUUGAGGAACAUGCAGUGUUUUUUCUGCUUGUAUUUAUUGCUUUUGAAUGGUGUGUUUGGUGUUGAUGGAGAUGAAGUGAAGUCAGUGUCAGUGAUGGAGGGAGAUUCUGUUACUCUACACACUGAUAUUACUCAAAUACAGAGAGAUGAUCACAUACUGUGGAUGUUUGGACCUCAAGAGACUCGUAUAGCUGAAAACUAUAAGAAAAGCAUUGAUAUGUUUGACAGUAAUGAGAUAUUCAGAGACAGACUGAAGCUGGACAGUCAGACUGGAUCUCUCACCAUCACAAACAUCACAAUCACACACACUGGACUUUAUAAACUACAGAUCAUCAGUAACAGAGGAACUUCAUACAAGAGAUUUAAUGUUACUGUCUAUGCUCUUCUGCCCGUUCCUGUCAUCAUCAGAAGCUCUUCAGACUGUUCAUCAUCAUCAGAAAGAUCAUCAAGCUCAAAAUGUGUGUUGUUGUGUUCAGUGUUGAAUGUGAGAGAUGUGAGUCUGUCCUGGUACAAAGGAAACAGUUUAUUGUCCAGCAUCAGUGUGUCUGAUCUCAACAUCAGACUCUCUUUACCUCUUGAGGUGGAUUGUCAAGAUACAAACACAUACAGAUGUGUGGUUAGCAAUCCUAUAAUGGUGCAUUUACACCAACCGCGCUAG